UGCAAAUGUCUGAUGUAUAUAAAUUGAGCAGGAGAAGGCACAAGACUAAGCUUGUGUUAUUUCACCAAGUGCGCCAUAUCUACGUUUCUAUCCACUCAUUUUGAAGCAUGCUCAAGUGUUGGCUCUUCACAUUCUCUAUAUUAUUUGCACUCUCGUUUGCGCAGAGAGAAGUUACAAUAAUCACAGUCAUAACUUCCAUACAAGAUUCAACAACACAGAGAAUCACAACAGAUUCUGUUCUCACACAAUCUCCUACAUAUAUAUGGGCCACUGGCACUGAUGCAGCCGGCGUACUUCAGACGACACAGUCAGCAUAUUCCCAGCAGUUUACCAGAAGAUGGAGCACUGUGGCAUCGGUUCCAACUGGUACCAUCGGCCUUGGUACACUAGAAGGCACUAUCGGUACAGUUAGGACAUAUCCCAAGGUGACGGUGACAAGUAAUUUUUAAUCGAAUUAGAGAUGGUCGUUUUGUUGAAGUUUCCUGCCUGUAGUCCAAAAAAAACAACCGUUGAGGCAUCUAAGGCUUGGUGUCUGGAUGCAACGUGUACGCAUGAGCUGUAAACUGCACUACCGCAUUGAUUUGCAAUGAGGAUAACCAACUCCAGCUUUACUCCUUAUAAACCAGAUUGUAUUAAGGAGAAAGAAUAGAUGGAAGCCUCACAGAGUAAAAG